GCGAAGCGCUGCAGUCGCACGUCGGACUCUCGCUUCGUUUCUCUGCGCGCGUCGACGAGUUCAUGGCUUCGGGGACGCUGGCUCCUGCAGGCUCGCUUUCCAGGCGGUGAUGCGGUGACCCGUGGCCGGUGAUCCAACCAGUAGCCGGUGCGGCGCGGCGAGACGGGAUGACGUCCACCGAGGGAGGCCUCACGGGUCAGCAGUGGGUCACUCUCUUCUGCAUCGGCAGCGUGCACUUCUGCGCCGCCAUCUGCGUGUCCAUCCAGGCGCCGUUCUACCCCCAGGAGGCGGAAGCGAAAGGCGCCACGGUGACGGAGCACGGGCUGGUGUUCGGCUCGUUCGAGCUGACGGCCUUCCUCGUCAGCCCCGCGCUGGGCAAGUAUGUGGACAAGAUAGGCCCCAAGACGGUUCUGAACUCUGGCAUCGUCGUGGCUGCGGCGAGCUGCAUUCUCUUCGGGUUGCUGCACCUACUGCAGGGCCGUUGGCUCUUCAUCGGACUGUCCUUCCUGCUGCGCAUCGUGGAGUCUAUGGGCGCGUCGGCGGCUACUGUAGCCGCCUUCUCCAUCACCGCUGCUGCCUUCCCCAGCCGGGUGGCCACCACCUUCGCAACACUGGAAAUAUUCUACGGCCUUGGAUUCAUUGUGGGUCCAUUGAUUGGAAGCUUAUUGUAUUCUGUGGGAGGGUUCGUGCUGCCCUUCGCGGUGAUGGGUGGCGUGCUGCUGUGUGACGGGCUGCUCAUAUUCUGCGCCAUGCCCAAGGUCACCGCUCCGUCCAUGGACAAGUCCAAAGGUAAGGUGCUGAAGGUGUUGCGGGUGCCCGACGUGCUUCUGGACAGCUUCAGCAUCGCGGCGACCUCCAUCAGCAUGGGCUUCUACCAGGCGACCCUGGAGCCGCACCUCCGGCAGUUCGAGCUGUCGGCCCUCGUGCUGGGCCUCAUGUUCGUGCUGUCCGGGCUCAUGUACAUGCUGUCGGCGCCGCUGGUGGGUCGGCUGUGCGACUCCCGCGUGCACCCCAAGAGGCUCAUAGGCCCUGGCAGCGCCGCCAUCAUCGCCAGCUACCUGCUGGUGGGACCCAUGCCCUUCGUGCGCGCGCAACCGAAGCUGUGGAUGUGCAUCGUGGGUCUGCUGAUCCACGGUAUCGGCAUGGCCCUCAUCCUCGUGCCGUGCUUCAUCGACGCCCUGCGAGAAGCGCUGGCGAGGGGUUUCCCGGAUGACAUCACCACCUACGGCAUCAUCUCCGGCCUGUGGCUGUCCACCUUCUCGCUGGGCGCCUGCAUAGGGCCGUCCAUCGCCGGAGCGCUCUAUGACUCGGUGGGCUUCAGCCUGGGCUCGCUCGCCACCAUCGGCCUGCACCUGGUGGUGAUGGUGGUGUCCGUGGUGUUCGCGAGCCGCGGCGCUCGGCCGCAGCAGAGGGGCGGCGCUGCGGUCGAGGAGGCGGCGGCCAUGUUGGAGGCGGGGCAGGCCCCCAAGGCUGUGGUGGUGGCGGCGGCGCGCGGCGGGUCCGCCGAACAGGUCGCCACGGCGCCCGUGUAGUCUACUGCUGUUGGCCCCCUUCCUGUCACUACAGUAUUCCCUCUUCAAACCCAACCAUUUAUAUAUAUGUCGACGAGUCCUUCGCAGGAGUACCUACGUGUGAUGGGCGAGAGAGUGUCCUGCCUUUUGUCUGCCGUAGCGAAAGGCGGUUCGCUUCACCGAGGUAAUAAAUCCACAGGAUCAGGGAAGCAACAACUAAAUUUCCAAAAGGGGGGGGGGGGGGGCAAUAUACCUUUUUAUAAAGAAUCAUCGAUCCCCCCUAUUGAAGCGGGGGGUCCAGGGGUCCUCCCCCGGGAAAAUUUGUAUUUCAAGGUGGAAAAUGGUGCUAUUUAAGCAGUUUUGUUAUCUAAAAAUUGAUUACACGGCCUUUUUCUUUGCCCCCGUUUGCCCCCACUUCAAGGUUUCAGAAGGGGGGCUAUUAACCCUUACUCCCCCCCCCCUGUUGUUGCGCCCCUGGACAGGAUAUAAGGAUGAAUACAACUUGGGCAUCGCCCGCUUUGCAGGCCCCUGAAAAAGCCCCAAGUUCCUCCAGCGGCGAUUCUGUAAGGAUCCUGCAACCAUUGCUGACGUCCUUUUAAGAUCCCUUAGUUUAAGAGUGUCCUUUAAAAAAGAAUUCCGAAGCAGUCAUUCCAAUUAUUGUACUUAAACGAUUAGUUUUUUUUCUAGUCUGUCGAGGUUCUGGUUGGAUUAUUAGUUCUUAUAUUAUCUGCAUCUGUUACUUACAUUGUGGUCAUGUUCAAGAUAAGCAGUUGAUGAUAACAAAUUGUUUAAGAAAGUUCAAAUGAAUUCACGAUAGACUUCAAGACAUUCCCAUGCAUACGUGUUUAUGAAUGGCCAGUCAAUACUAUAUCAGUAUUUUAAACAAUAAUGUGUAUUUUCUGUUCCAUAAAACAACGCAAUUGUUAUUUUAUUCUUACUUUAUUUAUACUUUCACAAUUUUAUAUGAUUUGUGAGUGUGAUUUAACAGAUUAAUUUCCUCACUAAGUUUUUUUUAAUUCCAUGUAUAUGAUGGCAUUCUUGGUUACAGGAAUUAAAAUAUUUACAUACAUUUUGGCAUUGCCUUCUAUUUACAUAACAUACAAAGAACAUACUUUAACCAACAAUUCCAUACAACUGAUAUGUUUCUUAUAAAGUGAUUCCUUAUAUUGUUAUUUUAUUUAUUUUUAAAAUUAAGAUACAUUAUAAGGCAGAUUUGUGUAUUAUACAUUGACAAAAGCACAUACCAUAUCCAUUUUAGAUAAAUGAUGUUUUUGUUUAUAAAGAAAUAAAACGACAAAGGUUGUAUUACCUGAUAUAAAAUAUGUUUGUAAUAGCACUUCAUCCGAAAAUAAAAUUAUAAUACAUAAAAUGU